GUAAUGUGUGGAGUGUGGCGCGCAAAUGACUGUUGGUUGAGUGAGCACCGAGCAGCGCUAGCGACAAACUUAAAGUUAACGGAAGGAAAUUCAAGACGGAGACUGGCGAGAACCUGGUGUUAGUCAUUGAUUCCUGAGUUCAUUCCUUUGAUCAGCAGUCCUCCGUGUCUCUCGGCAAGGUUCCAGGAUGGCCUACAACUAUGAAUUUAAUGCACCAAAGUUCUGUGACUUCUCGAAGGGAGACAUUGAGGUGGACGAGUCGUAUUUUGAUACUGUGUCAGAGAUGCCCCAGAAGACACCUACAGCUUCUAGGGCAGCAUGUCACCUUGAUCUGAAAACAUCAGUAGUUGUUUCUGGACUACCAAGUCAUCCUCUCCCAAAGACACCACCUGUUUAUAAAUCAGCAGAUCAUUCUUCUCCUAAAACACCAACUGUUUCUGAGAGAGAAAGUCAUCCUUCUCUAAAGACACCAACUGUUCCUGAGACAACAAUUCCACCAGUUCCUGAGUCAUCUUCCAAAACAACCAUCUCAGAGGCAGCCAGUCCAUUUGCCGUGUCACUUCCUGCGCCGAGGAGUGUGCUAAAGAGAAAGAGUAGAGCCUUGUCAGGUCUGGAUACAGUUGGGGUGAGGCAGUCACCACGCCUUGCAGCCAUUGCUAAGGCACUUCGGCGAAAUGGAACAAGAAGGUCUUUUGGGAAGACUGGCACUGGACAACAGCAGAACCCUAAGAAAGGUGCAAGGAAACGAGGUGUGCCGCGGGUGUUGGGAGUAGUGGGACUCAGCGAGCAGGAUGAAGCUGAUCUGCAGGCCAUUGCAACCUUUAAUCACAAGGCUGGUAGAACUGCACCCUCCAACAAGCCAUUGAAGCUCACUAAACCUGAAGAAUUCCAUUUUGCCACUGACGGUAGGCUGCGAGGUCCCAGUGCAGCUGCUGCAAACCAGGCUCCUGCCCCUGCCCCAACCAAACCUCAUGUAGGAACCACCAAGCCUCAGGAAUUCCACUUUGCCACAGAUGCCCGUCUCAAGAGCAAAGACCCAUCCCAAGGGGAGGAACAGGAGUAUGUGGACUUCACAAGGUCACUUCGAUCCAGUACAACCUCCUUGAAUAAGGAUGCAGGGGUGAGCCGAACAGUUCCUCAACCGUUCAACCUUACCGAGUCCAGGAGGAGGAAUGCAGAGGAGCCAAGCAAGUUUGUUUCUGUUGCUGAGCUGAAUCUCAAGUUUCACACCAAGACACCUCAGAGGUUUAGGACCAAGAGAGCUGGAAGUGAAGUACAACAUGAUGACAUUAAGAGAGUCAAGUGUAAUACUUUGGGGGUCACCGUGCCCCACACACCACAGCUCACCACCAAAAGCCGCACUCGGGUAGUGAACUAUCUCUCACAGGAGCAGAUGGAGAUGAAAGCAUUUGAUGAUGCUCAGAAACAUACCUUCAAGGCCAGGCCGGUGAACAAGAAAGUCUUAGAAGCACCCUCCCUUGGUAUGAGUGUGAGCAAGAGGCUUCCAACUGUGCCAGAGCCAUUCAACAUCACAGACACAAAGAAAGCUGAGGUAGCUUCAGCCCUUAAGAGGGAAGAGCAUGAGCAAGCAGACGAAUCUAUGCUGUCAGUGACAUCUGUAGGUCAGAGGAAGAAGUCUGCCACCAAAAUAAUGCCUUUCAGUUUUGAUUUGCGGGACAAAGCAAAGCAGCAACAGAAAGAGGAAAAGAUAAAGAAGUUCAUAGAGGAGGAGAAAAGUCUUGCAGAGUUCCAUGCUCAGCCAAUGCCAGUUUUUGAGAGUGGAGUAUUGGGAGUACCAGCCAAGAGGCCUCCAACUCCCACACGGCCCCAGCCCUUCAACCUACAGGCAGACCAGCGUGGCAUGGUGAAGCAGGAAAAGUUUAAGGCACAGCUGAAGAAUGAAAGCCAGCUAGAGGCUGAGAAGCGCAAGUUCCACGCUCGGUUGGGUGAUGUGGUGCAUAAAGCUCCAUUUGUUCCAGAAAAGUCCCAACGUCCUUUGACAGAGAUCUCUAGCUUUGCCCUCAACACAGAGGUGCGGGCAGGCAAGCGGAGUGAAUAUGACCUCCAAUGCAAGGUUCACGAAGAAGAGAUUUUGAUGGCAAAGAAACUGGAGGAAGAGAGGCAAGCAGCAGAGGAAGCAGCAGAAAUAGCCAAGCUACGAAAGGAAUCAGUGCAUAAGGCUAAUCCUGUACCAAAGUUCAAGCCAGUAAUUCUACAGCUUCCUCUGCAUCCUCCCACCAUCCCAAAGUCUCCAAGAUUUGCCACAGAGUCCCGUCUUCGCUCAAGAUCACGUGUGAAUUCCACCUUUGAUAUAUCCUCUGCCACAUAUACUGCUGAGUAAAUGCCUAUCUGUGUCGGUAAACACAUGUAUGUGGAAACACACUGUGAAGUAAACUUGAUUAUGAACAAAACUCUGAGAAAUAUACAUAUUGAUUAUUGACAGAAUUAAAAAAUGAACAAGAGAUACAUUAUAUAAUUAGAAAACAGAAAAAAUGUUGAAUACUUUGAGAAGAUACAUAAACUCAUUCACAAAUUACAUUUACUUUUACUUUUAUCAUGACUGGGCAUUAGGAUGGAAAUAAAAAAGCCUAAGGAUUAUGAGAAAGACAAAAGUGUUGAUGUCACAGUAUGUCCUUAUCAAUCUGUUAAUAUCCUUCAUAAUAUAAAGUAUUUUUCAGUCAAACAGAUUUUGAAAACAGAGAUCUGUUGCUACUGGACCUCCUUUAUUUAUUUGAUGAUGUAUUACAUUACAUUUUUUCUUUCUUUUGUGGAGAAAUGUAAAGGUUUAUCCUGUUAGCAAUCAAUAUAUGCAAGGCAAUUUUUUUUUUUUUUUAUCAAUAAGACAAAUAUGCAUUUCACAUGCAUGUGUUUCAUAGCUCCAAGUAGUUCAGUCUUUCUUGGAUUAGAGAGAAUGGCAUGAUAGGUAAUGGUGGUAGGAAGAAACAAUAUGGCUUUUUAAUUUGUCUAUGGUAAUAAAUGCCUUAUAGGAUGUUUGUGUGUGUGUAUUUACCUAUUUGUGUAUUACAGGGCCCGAGCUAAGCUCUCUGUGACCUGUCUCCUUGUCCAUUCCUGUCAUAUCUCUCUUUCAUCUGAUUGACACACAC